GCGGGAAGGGAGGAGCUAAGAAAUUGGCCAGUAGGUGCGAUCUGGGAACUAGGAGUCCGGGAUCAGUUCGGGCCGCUACAGCCUUUUCAUCUGUACCGGAGCACAACAUGAAAGCAGCCCGUAGGAAAGGUUUCUAUCGGCAGGAGGUUAAUUUGACCGUGUGGGAGGUGCCGGAUCGCUAUGGGGGACUUGUUCAGGUUGGGUCCGGAGCUUACGGGACCGUUUGUUCAGCAAUAGAUGUAAAGAGUGGUGAGAAGGUGGCUAUUAAGAAGAUGUCUCGGCCAUUCCAGUCCGAUAUCUUUGCUAAGAGAGCUUACAGAGAGUUGACACUUUUGAAACACAUGAAACAUGAAAAUGUAAUCGGAUUGCUGGAUGUAUUCACCCCUGCCAUCUCAAUUGAUCAUUUCCAGGAUUUCUACCUGGUGAUGCCAUUCAUGGCUACAGAUCUACAAAAGCUUAAAGGGGCAUCAUUAACAGAGGACAGGAUUCAGUUCUUGGUCUACCAGACUCUUCGUGGACUAAAGUAUAUUCACUCAGCAGGCAUCAUUCACAGGGAUCUGAAGCCUGGAAAUCUGGCUGUGAAUGAAGACUGUGAGCUCAAGAUCUUAGAUUUUGGCCUUGCUCGACAUACUGAUCCAGAGAUGACCGGCUAUGUUGUCACACGUUGGUACCGAGCACCAGAAGUUAUUUUGAACUGGAUGCAUUACACUCAAAAAGUGGACGUUUGGUCUGUUGGCUGCAUUAUGGCUGAGAUGAUCACUGGCAAAACGCUCUUUAAAGGGAAAGACUACCUGGAUCAGCUGAUGCAGAUAAUGAAGAUCACAGGAACUCCUGGUCCAGAAUUUACUGAAAAGCUAACUGAUAAGGAGGCACGGAUCUACAUAUCAUCCCUUCCAAAAUGGCCAAAGAUGGACUUUUCGUUGCUGUUUCCAAAGGCCAAUCCUUUGGCAAUCGAUCUGUUGGAGAAGAUGUUGGUGGUGGAUGUGGAGAAGCGGCUGUCAGCAACAGAAGCUUUAGAACAUCCAUACUUUGAGCCAUACAGAGAACCUGAAGAAGAGACUGUGGCAGAACCAUAUGAUGAUUCAUUGCAAAACAGCAACCUCUCUGUAGAAGAGUGGAAACGGCAUGUAUUUUCAGAGAUAUUAAGUUUUGUUCCAGUGAAGAGGCGUGAGUCACGACGAAGAAGUUUCCGUUUGUCCCAAUGACUGUACAACGAAUGAGCUGCCUUGUCACUCGCUCACUGUGUGAGGUGCUAAACGGACCAUGGACUGACUGAAAACUGCAUAUUUACUGCCUUAUGAGAUUUUUAUAUCCCAUCUCUGGAGCCUGCAGUAGACCCUGUGACUGGAAUCCUAAUGACCCUUGUUUUGCUACCUCUCCUAUGGCAAAUGGAAGAUGGUGAGCUGUAAAAUCCUGGGUUUUACUGUCACCAUAAGUUUUGGUUACCCUUUUCUGGUAAAAGUGACUUUUUUUUGUAAUGGGAAUGAGGGAGAAAUGGUCUAAAACUUGGGAUUAAAGCAGUGUUUAGGGGAAGUUGUGUGCAUAAUUCAUGAAAUUCUUCCAUUGAGGAUAAAUGAAAUAGGUUGCUGCUUAUUGUGCACUAAGAAAACAAAUUAGGUUCUUGGCCUGCAGUUAGCCUGUAGGUAAGUAGCUAGUAUUGGGUGUCUGUAGUCCUUCCAGGUACUUGAAGUUUUCACAUCUUUAACUGGAGGGAGGGAAGCUGAAACUCCUAACUCAUAAGUGGAAGGGUUAUGUCCUGUAACUUGGUAUUACGCUAUGUUUGAUUAGUGUUUGCUUGUGAAUGUGUGGGCCAUACUGCUUUGUUAAAACCAUAGGCACUACGCAUAAGGCAGACUGCAAAAUCAUCUAAGCCUUCUUAAAACAGGACAUGUCCCAUAACACAGGAAGUAAAACUUAGGUGGAAUCAGGCCUGUACAAGAAGAGAAUUCUGCAUGAAAAAGAAACAAGGGAACUUUUCCACAUUCACACACACACUUGUGUAACUGAAAGAGUGGAACGCUGUUUUCUCAGGCAGUGACAAAAGAAGUUUGUUUACAUAAUUUGUGCUACAGAAAAAAAUGCAUGCAUAACUUCUUAGAGCUGCAAAAUGCUGCCAAAUAGCAAGGUGUUUUGCAGUUGAUAGUUAAGUAUUAUGCAGUAGCACACAAACCAGACUUGGUUGCAGCCACAUUCUGCAUUGUGUGCAAAAUGACUGUGGUUUAUUUGCUGCUGCAACUGGAGUAGUGGUAAUUAGCUGAACAAUGUUAAUGCUGACGUCACAUGCUACAACAGUAAGUAGGGCAGCCAUACAAACUCUGACUAAUUUCAGCAUUUCUUGGUCUCCUUCAAUCGCUGAAAACUGUUCUUAGCAUCUGCAGAAAGCAUGAGAUGAAAACUUUCCUGAGAGACAAUAAACAUUAAAAGCAAUACUACUCAAUUAAAAGUCAUUGUGGGGGAUACAAAAAGAAGCACUUUUUAUUUAGCACACUAAGAUAUCUGUAAAUAUUAGACCCUCAUCUGUUACUGAUCUGGACCUUUUGGAGUCUUGUCCUGGGAAUUAUGUUUAUGUGCCUGUAAAAAGCUUUAGUUUCUUUAAGCUUUUGUCUGGUAAAGAAUGAUCUGAGUUUAAAAAGGCAGCAUGCUCUCAGUAUUACAGCAGUUCAGAGGUAUGUGUGCUUGCUGGCUCUAUAAUUUUGUCACUGUUUACUGUCUUGAAGAUAAUUUUAAAUGGGCUGACAUUUGUGAGAGAAAAAAGAUGUCUGCUGCUUUAAACGACUCGACAUGUUCAACAUGCUGUCAGUGAAUUAUUUUGCAUGGGAGGUAUAGCAUGCUUAUGCAGAGAUUUGUAGAUGGAAUAGUGCUACAAAAUGUAUGGUUGUAAACUCUUUCCUUAGUUUGUAUGACCUAGCUGUGAUUGACUAUCCUUGACUGACAUGGAGUGGUUAUGACUUUUGGUCGUGGAUGAGACAACAUGAGUGUAGAUAAGCUUUGAGGUCAUUACAACAUCUCAAGGAUCCUGUGGUAGCCAUGGAAUUAGUGUAGAGGCUGUAUGAGAGCCAACAAGCAGCGGUUCUCUUAAUAACAUAUGACAACAAGUACACUCUCAUGCAGUCAUCUAGGAAAAAAUGACGGUAGUCUUGUCAGAGUAUGUUAUUGGUCAAAGCAGAAGUGCAUUUUGGGUAUUUUUAUUCACAACGAAGAUGUUUGUAGUUCUUAAGUAAAGCUGUCUUUGCUUUGUAACGGAUCAACUUUUAACAAACCUGUAAUGUAACUAAAUACAACCUUCGGACUUGGACACCAUUCAUCUAAAGAGACCCGUGUAAGCAGCCACAGAGAAAACUGGGAUUCCCAGUGGAUCAUUGCCAAGGUCCUAUAUGGGUGCAGCUACCUUCCGAAGAAUCAAUGUGGGUGCUUCCACUCUCUUCCUAGCUCAUUGUACGCGUAUUGAUUUUUAUACAUCUUAAAGGUACAUUUUUUUACUGUGCUGAGUUUACCUCUUCCCCUUGUAAGGAAUUGUAUGGCCAUCUCAAUUAAAUAUGACCCCUCACAACUAUACUGUCAAUGUAAAAGUGCCUAUAAUGUUACAAUUCAGGUUGUUCCAGUUUUGAUCAGCAUGUUGAUAUAAUGACAGUUUAAUUUGGUGGUCUUUGUUCAUCUGUACUGUCUGCUUCUUUGUUCAUACAGUUAGAAUAAAUGACAGCUGUUUUAAUACAAA